AUGUUCUUCACGCUGUGCCGCGAUCUGCAUGACUUGUUUCAGAAGGACGACCUCGAACUUUCAUUCUCGCCCAACGAUGCCGAGGGCAACUUGUCUCGUCGAGAGCCUGCGGCCUGCAAGUAUCGUGGCUACGAUCCAGUGGCCGACGACUACGAAAUGAUUACCAUGCCUGCUGAGCCGGGGAAUUGUGACGCAGAGAAGAAGAUGAUCCAGCGCCAGAUUGCAAGCUUGUCCAGCCGUAUUGCAAGAGGAGGUGCACCUGAAGUUCUUGACCACUAUCAGAAAGUCAAAGAAGAUUUGGAACUGCAGCUCGCCAAGCCGGGCAUCUUGCGAUACAAGACUAUGGAUGUGCCGGACGUCGAUUUGCGAUCGACUUUAUCGACCAUCUCGACUUGCGACACAUUUCCCGACGAGCCCACCUGCAUCCCGCUGGACCUCGAACCGGCAGGAGUCCAGCCAAGUUCAAAGUGCCAGCUUCUGGCAGCGUGGGACCUAGGGCACGCUAAAUCAGUGGACAGGAGGCAGCCACUGUGGUGGAGGGCUCUGACCAAUGACACGCCCGUUGAAAGCAAACCUCGAGGAGUGCAAGCAGUCAAGCGUAUCCCGGAGGUGACUAGCCUCGACUCUUUCCAGGCGGAGCUGCCAACACGGAAUCCCGAGACGCCUAAUCCGCAAAUCGAGCUGAUGGUCGCUGCCAUCGUAGUCGAACGGUUGAUGGAGAAAUUUGGCACCGACUACUUAGUAACAGUCGGCAGGUCUCACCGAUUAGGGCAGGUAGCCUCCGGCAUUUGCCUCAAUUUUGUCGCCAUGUUCUUCACGCUGUGCCAGGAGCUGCAUGAGUUGUUUCAGGAGGACGACCUCGAACUUUCAUUCUCGGACCAUGGUGCCGAGGACGACUUCUCUCAUCGUCGACAUCUUGCUGCCUGCAAGAAUUCUGACUACGAUCCGGACGCCGACGACUACGAAAUGAUUUCCAUGCCUGCUGAACCAGAGGAUGGUGAUGCAGAAAAGAAGACGAUCCAGCGCCAGAUUGCAAGCUUGUCAAGCCGGAUUGCUGCGGGAGGUGCACCUGAAGUUCUUGACCACUAUCAUAAAGUCAAAGAAGGUCUGGCCAAAGAGCUUGCCAUGCGUGGCAUCUUGCGCCACAAGACCAUGGAUGUUCCGGAUGUUGAUUUACUAUCAACUUUAUCGACCAUUUCGACUUGCGACACUUAUCCCGAUGAGCACACCUUCAUCCCACUGGAACUCGAACGGGCCAAGUUCAACGUGCCAGCUUCUGGCAUCGUGGGACCUCGGGCGCGCAGACUCAGUGGGAAGGAGGCAUCUACUGUGGUGGAGGGCUCCGGCCAAUGA